AUGAAAGAUUACUAUAACAUCAAUGAUUUUUCAACAGUUUUUGAUUUUAUUAAUAAAGUAUCAGCCAAAGAAAAUACAUUUAAAAAAUCAAUUUCGGAAUUGAUAGUAGCUAUUAGAGGUUGUACCAAAGAUAUUUCAUCUCUUGGAGAAUGUGUCACUAGUUAUAUUUCAUCUGAAUACUCAUCUAACGGAAUCAUAAAGUUCUUAGAACUAUCACAUCAAGUAAACCUUAAAAACCAACUUUCAUUUAUUCAAGAAAUUAAAGCUUUAAAUAUUGAUAUUAUUUCAAAGACAAUGAAUAAAUCUGAAAUCAUCAAAAAAUCAAAUAAUAAUUGUAGGCUCUACAUUCUCAACUUCUACAAUUCAACAAGAACAAUGAGCCAAACAUGGGAUCCAAUUUAUAUUUCAACUUUUAUUGCCAAAUAUAAUGAAAAGAGAACAAACACAAAAUUUGCAAUCAUUGAUCUUGAAAUUCAUAACUCUUCACCAAACCAAGAGAAAUCACCUAAUGAUAGUACAUCUAAAGUCCCAUUUAUUGAACUAUAUAUUAAUCAAAAGCUAAAGCAAUCAAAUUUCAAAAUUAACCAUUUCUCAAAUUUUGCUGAGCGUUUUAAAGAAACUGAUUUCAAUUUUAAUUAUAAAGCUCCAAUGGAUACACCAUUUUUAAGACUAAAGUGCCCCUGUAAAGAUUGUUCAAAGGUUCCGAAAGAGUGGAAAUGUCUUAUUUGUGAUGAAGAUUUAAAGUAUAGCACCAAAACUCUUUAUUGUGAAUGUGGUUCAUAUCCAGUAACCAGCUGUUCUUAUAAAUGUUGUGAACCAGAGCAUGAUCAACCAACCACUGUUUGUACAAACCUUACUUGUGUAAAAAUUAGUAAGGAUGAAGAUGGUAAUGAAAUCAUUCACUAUGCCCAAAGAUGCCACGUUGGUUGUUAUGACGCUGGUCCAGCCUUUAUGUACAAAUCUGACAACUUAAAAAAUUGUUGGGCUAUAGAUAAAAAAAAUUCAAUUACUGGCUAUGUCGAUACUGUAAUUGAAUAUUUGAAAAUGUGUAUCAAAACUGUAGAUCCUAUGACAGAUAGAACUUAUAAAAAAUCACUCAAAAAGAAUUUAUUAAUUUUUGAAGAACAAAAUAGAAUUUUACAACCCGCCGUAAGCAACUGUAGUGAAUUAAUUACUGUCGACCAAGUCCCUGUAUUAAUUGAAAAAUUAAAGAAACUUCCGAUCAAUGGUCCAACAUUAAAACUUCACAUUGAAGGUAAUGAGACUGAUCAAAUGACCUCAAACUACAAACCAAUUGUAAUUAGACCAAAAGAAAAAUAA